AUGAAGGUUUCAGGAAACUUACUAUUGUUUACCUUCUUCAACCUGUUUCUUUUGGCUACAUUGGUCAAUGGGUCCAAUGAUGAUGAAAGAAAGCCAUACAUUGUGUACAUGGGAGAAUUGCCUGAGGAUACUACAUCACUGGUGGAUGAACAUGACAGCCUCCUAUCAGAGGCCAUUGGAGAUGUGAGCAAAGCUAAAGAACACAAGAUACAUAGCUAUGGAAGAAGCUUUAAUGGGUUCGUUGCAAGACUGCUGCCUCAUGAAGCUAACAGACUAUCACAGAAAGAAAGUGUUGUGUCUGUGUUCCCAAACACUAUCCUAAAACUACAUACCACGAGAUCAUGGGAUUUUCUCGGAAUGCCUGAGACAGUGAAAAGGAACCGUGCAGUUGAAAGCAAUCUCAUCGUCGGUCUCUUAGACACAGGAAUUUGGCCGGAAUCAGCCAGUUUUAAUGAUCAAGGCUAUGGCCCUGCACCUCACAAAUGGAGGGGCAAAUGUGCAAAGGGUGCUAACUUCACUGGUUGCAACAACAAGGUUAUUGGUGCAGCAUACUACAAUCUGGACCCUGGCCCGUGGGAGUGGGAGCCAACUCCGGUGGACACAGACGGCCAUGGCACCCACACCUCUUCCACCGCUGCCGGCAGAGCCGUCAAGGGCGCAAGUUUGUGCGGCUUCGCGGAAGGGACGGCCCGAGGGGGAGUGCCGUCGGCUCGGGUGGCCAUGUAUAAAGUAUGCUGGGCUAUAGGUUGCUCUACCAUGGACUUGUUAGCUGGAUUUGAUGCUGCCAUUGCUGACGGAGUUGAUGUUAUAUCAGUGUCCAUUGGAGGACCCUCCUUUAACUACUUCGAAGAUGUGAUUGCCAUUGGAGCUUUCCAUUCUAUGAAGAUGGGAAUUUUGACUUCUUGCGCAGCUGGGAAUCAAGGUCCUGCUUCAUAUACUGUGGAAAAUACUGCACCUUGGAUCUUCACAGUGGGUGCUAGUAGCAUAGAUAGGCAGUUCCACACGGCUAUCAAGUUCGGGAAUGGCAUGAAAACAACUGGGAUGUCCCUUAACACAUUUUCACCCAAAAAACAAAUGUACCCUCUAACUAGUGGAGCCCAAGCAGCCAAUGCCACCGCAAGAAUAUAUGGGAAUGCCAGUACAUGCGAUUGGGGGACUAUGCUUGAGAAGAAAGUGAAGGGGAAGAUUGUGUAUUGCAUUGAAGGAAACGGUGCCGAUUACAUGAUCAAUGACAUGCAUGGAGUUGGAACGAUCAUGUCCACUGAUCUGUAUCCAGACGUUCCCUUCAGCUUCCUUAUACCAGCAGCUUUAGUUAGUGUCAAGGAAGGUGAAGAAAUCGAUAAGUACAUCAACUCAACCAAAACAGCCAAGGCUGUCAUAUACAGAUCAAAAACUGUGAAAAUGGCUGCACCAUUCGUAGUUUCGUUUUCGUCUAGAGGACCCCAGACAAUCAGUCUCAACAUCCUCAAGCCCGACAUUGUUGCACCAGGACUGAGCAUAUUGGCUGCAUUUUCGCAAAUGACAACAGUGACAGGGUAUGACGAUGACAAACGGAUAGUCAAAUAUAACAUACAAUCGGGAACGUCGAUGUCUUGCCCUCAUGCUGCAGCUGCUGCGGCCUAUAUCAAGACCUUCCGUCCCAAAUGGUCACCGGCUGCAAUCAAGUCUGCUCUCAUGACCACUGCAACACCUAUGAAGAUAAAGACGGUAGACGUGGAAUUGGCCUACGGCUCAGGCCAAAUAAACCCCACAAGAGCACUGCACCCUGGCCUUGUAUAUGACAUCAACAUGGACUCCUACAUCAGUUUCCUAUGCAAGGAAGGCUACAACAGCACACUGAUUGGUUUAGUAACAGGCAGCAAGAAGAAGUACAACUGCUCCACCCUCCCGCACGCUAUGGGAACCGAUGGCCUCAACUAUCCUUCCAUGCAUCUCCAGCUCACAAAACCUGAGUCCACCAGCUUUUCAGCAGUUUUCUACCGAACUGUAACCAAUGUUGAAUCCAGGAGGUCGGUGUACAAGGCCAAAGUGAAGUCACCUGAGGGUCUCUCUGUCACCGUCAUUCCAAUGACAAUGGCGUUUGAAAAGCCCUACCAACAAAGGUCUUUCAAAGUAGUGGUGAAGGGAAAGUUUAUCAAGAAUGCCAAGAGACUAUCAGCAUCACUGGAAUGGAGUGACUCUAAGCACAGAGUCAGGAGCCCUAUCCUCAUCUAUAGAACCCCUCAUUCAAGAUGA